UCGGCACAAAAAAAUCUCGUCGGAGUGUUAUCGUCGUGUGCGGUCCGGGUUUUUGAGUUAUUUUUUCGCGCUCCUUCUCCAAAGAACCUGUCCCAAAUGGCCACCGAUCCGGAGGAAGUGAACGGCGUCGACGAGACGGCCGCGGACAAGCAGAAGCAGAAGAAAGCCUCCAAACACAACAGCGGCGCCGCCGAUCUGGAAAAAGUCACCGACUACGCCGAGGAAAAGGAAAUCACCUCCAAGGAGAUCACGAAUGCGGUAAACAUCUUCGAGGAGAAGCUGAACAAGGAAAAUGAGGCAAAGUUGGCCAAGGAGCGGGAACUGCAGAAGGUGCACGUGAAAAAGGAGGACAUUGAACUGAUUAUCAAAGAAAUGGAAAUCAGUCGAUCAAAGGCGGAAGAAACGCUGCGAGUGCACAGAGGGGACGUCGUGGCCGCGCUGGAAGCACUCACUGACUAGCUUUAGGAUCUCGGAACCGUUUUUGGAGCGUUUUCUAAUCGAAGGGGUAAACUCUUUUCAAUUUUCUUCAUAAGGCAAGGAACGAAGCCGAAAAUACAGUAGGUAAAUUGGAAA